UUCUUCCUUUCGCUUCGAUCUGAGACGGAGACUUGUCUCGGUCACCUUCGUCAUUUUGAAUCCGAAAAGCAAAAGCUAUGAAGAGGUUGGCGAGAAAAUUGCGGCGAUCUCGCCGCGAAGAUGAUGAAGAGUUUGUUCUUCCUACUCGGGACGAUGUCGAUUCCCGCCCAAUCGAUACUCAAGAACAAGAGGAGUUUGUCCGGUCACUGGAGAAAGCUCAAGCUCAGCAAAGUCGGCAAUGGAGGGGCGUAUUUUCGAUUCUUCUGCUUCUCUUUUGUGUUUUCCUCUUCUACUCCAUUUUUCAGCAGUUCGUAUCUCCUUGGGAACUGCGGUAUCAUGCCUACUUCAUGGAGGAUCUCAAGUCAUGGAUGGUCAUUUCAGCUGAGUGGAUGGCUAUCUUUGCUUGCUCUCUCUCAAUUGUCGGGCUAGUGGACAACAAGAAUGAUCACAGACGGUGGUACUGGUACUCUUGUGCUGCUGGCUCUGCAUUGGCAAUCUUUUGGCUUUAUUACAUGCUGAGGCUUCCAAAGUUCCGGUGGGACGUUAUGUGGCUUCCGUUUGGUCCACUCGGGGGAGCUGGAAUCUGCCUUUACGUGGACCGUGUACUCGAGGAGUCAUCCGAGGAAGUGACAAAACUUCGAAAUUACAUGUACGCUUAUAAAGCUCGGUAGAUUAAGGUGUAGCAAUUUUUCAUAUCACCUAACCAAAUGUACCAAGGUAGACAAACACUUUUUUGGAAGAACCAGAUUUUGUUAAAUUUUCAA